CAGCUCCUCAGGAUUACUUUAAGCGCAUAUUUUAAAAUUUUUUACACGAGGACGUCAGUAGAAUCAAUGGUGUCACACAAUGCAGUUCUCAAGGGUGAUGUUGUUUAUUAUCUGCAUAGGCCGACAAAAAGUGCAUACAUUGGCUCAGUUAUAGCGUCAGAUGUUCAUCCAGCGCGAAAUAAUAAUGAAGUUACUCAUGAUAAAUGUGAAAAUGAAAACACGGUUAAAGUAGAUUGGAGGGCUUUUGGAUUUAAAUCUAAUAGUAGCUCCAUACCACUCAAUUUAAAAUCAGAUGAAGUUCACUUUUUGGACAGAAGUUAUAUGCCUGGAGAGGUCGUUCAAAACUUAGAAACCAAUAUGAUUGGAACGAUCUCAAAUGUCUGCAUGACAGCCCAUGCAGAAAUACUAGACCACCAGAAGGUCAUGUUCGAUAUUCAGUGUGAUCAUUUAAGAAGUGUAUAUCCAUGGACCACACAUGUUGACGAAAACUAUGUGAUUUGGAACAGUUGGCUCGGUCGGGUGUCAGAUUGUCGUCUUAUGGCAAUCAUCCGAUUUUUGGAUGGAGCACGACUUCUUGUUGGAGAUAAUUGCCUAGAAUGUUUUGAGUCAUUUUUAUCAGUGCCAGAUGAAUAUAUGAAUAACAAUUACGAAGGUAUUUGGUUGAUCGGUGAUGCGUUGGAUUUAAGAUCUAAUGUGAAUUCAUCCAAAUCAAGUAAAUUUGAUUUUCUCAGUUUACCUGUGGAUUCGACCUCUAAUAAAUGUCGUAACACAGAUAAGUCAACAAAUUCAGAAUCAAUACCACCGUCUGAUGUAUAUAACAGUUCACAUUCAACCAACAAAACAUUUCCACUUGGACAUCCUAUUAAAUUUCUACAGGCACUUGCACAAUAUCCUAUCACUAAAACAUUCUCUCAUCAUCCUGAACAAAUAACAUGUCUUUUGAAACGGACACCUAUUUUCCUAGUUGAAACACCUGCUCAUAAUGCUGUUUGGCUUUCUCGAUUAAAAUCUAGUGUAGAUGUUGUAUUUUGUGUGGAACAUUUUGCCCCUGUUGAAGCCACUAUUCAUUGGCUCGCUAAUCGAAAUUCACAAUCAGACAAACCGCCUCCGCGUGUGAUUCAUGGAUUGGAUUUGGGAAAUUUAAAAUCAGUCAUUUCAAACUCUUUUAUUAACUGUCAAGUAGGUGAUAUUUGGUACUACAAACUACAGGAAUCUGAUAAAAUUUAUAACAUGAGCAAUUUUACUCGACCUGAGCAAUUGUUAUAUAAAUGGUUCACGAACGAUAUUUCCGGUCUUGGAGCAGUGUUUUCACUUCCACUGAAUGAUGACAAACCGAUGACAGAUCAAAGCAAAUUCAAUGGAAAUAGUGUCAUUAGUAAAAAAGAACUAAGAAAGUCAGUUGUUGAAUCCUCAUCAGUUACUGGUCUGAAAAGUUCAGCAUUAUUAGCAGGAGAAAAAAUGCCAAGCAGGACAACACCGUUUUGGGCACAGGUAAAUCUAUUUGCUUCGCAACGUCGUCGUAGGCGAGUAACUGUAGAUCCACGACAUCGUAUUCCUCGCACAGACAUUUUUCAUUGGGCUCACAGAUUUCAUAGAUCAACACGAUCUUUCACUUCAUACAUUGAUAUUAGUGCUGAUGUCUCUAAUCAGGAUGGUGAUGCCAAAUUUGAUGAGAACGAUACACUAGAACAAACAAAAGACCAAUCACAAAUACAAGAUCAAAACGAUCAACAACAUAAAAAAAUAGAUCAUGUGAAAGAGAGUAAUCACCAACUGAUAACGUUAACUUGUAAACGUAUUUCUUGUGAUAAUUCAAAUCUGGUUAAUAAAUCAGUUUUGAAUCCCGUGGAAAAUACCACAAAAAUUGAUUUAUCUUUGAAAUCUACAGUAGAAGCGCGUGUAGCCUCAGGAGAAGCAGUACCAUCACCACCACCGAUCGGAGUAACUCUCACUUCUUGUACCACUAGUACUACUACUGCGGUGAAAGAUCUCAAUGAUACUAAUAGAAAUGGAAAUUCUAUUCUAUCGCCAGAUGCUUCGGUAAACAAAUCUACAACGAAUACCACUUUACCAUCAGAUCAAAUAAAUACUGUUGAUGGUGAUGAUUUUAAUCAUGAUAAUAACACUCAUGUCGAGGAAAAAAGAGAACGCUUCUGCAAGAAAACUAAGUUAUCAAAACAUUCAAGGCGUCUACGUGUUCUUCGUCGACAAGCGGAGUAUAUUCAAGAAAAACGCGCUAUUCAUUUAAGAGCUGGCGAUUGGGUACCUGUACGAAUUUAUGCAACUAAUUCACUGUAUGAUAUAAAAUGGAUUGAUGGAUCUGUAUCGAAAGGUGUUGCUUCUGAUAAGAUAAUAUCGUUUGGUGGACACAUAGAGCAUUAUUUAUUUCCUGGAUUUUUAGUUUCUUUGAAAAGUGAUAAAAAUUGCCGUUCACAGCCUAUCCCACCGAAUUCAGUUGUGAAUAACCCAUCCUCAGUCGCAGUUACCGAAACGAUUGAGAAACUAAAUACUGUUCCAUCCUCUACAAUCGAAUUGUCUUGUGAUCACCCUAGAGAUCUUGGAGUAGCGCUUGCGUAUAAUACGAAUGAUCGAACUUGUCUUGUUCAGUGGUUCAAAACUGGAAAUUCUGAAACUGGUUCCUUGCCAAUGAUUCCUCUUGGUUCUCCGGAAGAAAUUGGUGUCUAUGAAAUUUCUGGAUCUGGAGAAUAUCAAAUGAAUUAUGGUGACAUCGUUCUAAUCAAAUCUGCCAGUGAAACUGAUUAUUCAAUUUAUCCUGCUGGUGUUUUAGAAGAUAUUAUUCCGGAAUCAGGUAAACUAGUAAUUCGUUGGAUUGAUGGAACUUCAAGUGAAGUUUAUCGUACCGAUUGUUUACAAGCAAUUGAAGCUGAUGAUGAUUCUACAGAUGAUGAAGGUUCCUUCGACUCAGAAUUCAGCGAUUCAGAUGAUGAAAAAACCGAAAAGUGGGAAUUGUAUUCAACUUCUUCGGAAUCUUCGUCGUGUUCAAGCUUUUAUUCUACAUCUGGUUCCUGCUCUUCGUCUUCUUCAUCUAACUCAUCUGGUAGUAAAAAUGAUAAUGACAGUGCGUGUUUACAAGUUAUGCAACCAACAUAUGAAGAUGAUUUACGACCUGUUGGAAUUAAACUUUCACUUGCCAGUCAACACGUUAAAUCUGCGCACAGACUAUUUUCUGAUCGAGUUACAUUUGUUUUGUGGUUAAUGCGGUGUUUUGUUACAAUUUCUGGCAUUGCAGAUGAUAUCCUUGAACAGGUUUACUCAGCACUUCGUAAUGCAGCUCUAAUCGAUCCUACGGAAAUAAUUACUGUUAGUUCUGCUUCAUUGAAUACAUCUCAUAGUGAAGAUUCGACUAGUGAUACAUCUUUAUUAACUAAGAGAGAAAAUGUAUGGAGUGACGCUGAUGAAGUAGAAGCUAUAUCGUGUGUAGAAAUGCUCACUACUGGACGGUCAUUACUCUACGAAGCAUUCCGGUUGAUUAAGGAUUACAGAAUCAGGAAAAUGUGGCACUUGUGUGAUUUCCGUUCCAAUUUAUUCGAAAAACAUAUUGGCGCUAUACUACGUUUAUUUGAAUCUUUUCCAUUAUCCACACAUGAGCAAGCGAAAUUGUCCGAUCCAGUCAAUUUCGUUUCAUUAGAUGAAGAUGUUUAUUGUUUGAGCAAGCCAUCAGAUAUAGAAUACGCAACGAAAAGUAUCCCUGACGAAGAGACUUAUGUGUCUGGCCAACAAAAUCCUUCAAAUAAUUGCACAUCCAGUACUAUUGAAGUACUAAAUAGAAAUGAAACAAUUCAUUUCUUGCUACGUUCCAACAGAAGAGGAUUGAAAAUUGAAGGCCUACGGAGUAAUUAUACCAUAGCGAUAAAUACUGAGGUAAUUAUAAAAUUGGCCAAAUUUCUACAUAAUCUGCAAAAAGAUAUUCUAGAACAAUUGUCUGAUUUAAAUAAUGAAAUUAUGGCAUGGCUUCAUGAAUGCGCUGCACAAUGUAUACAAAAAUCAGAUUUGAAUGAUCUUUCAGUGAUAACAAGUAAUACUGAUAUUGCUGAUGAUCAUCGAUCUACAAUAGAUAAAUCUGACUCUGAUAAAUGUACCAUUGAACCCGAGUUAAUUAACAAUGACAAUGCCAAUAACUUGGAAGAAAAUAUGAAGUUAGCAUGCAAAUUGAAGGCAAUUUCUUCCUCAGAUGCUACAACCUUACCCAUUGAAACAGUUGCAGAAGACUCGACAACCGCAAAUACAGAAAAAUGUAUGUUGGCGAGUUUGUCUUCAAAUAUUGAAAAUAUAUCAAUUGAACCGUUGUCUCUCAAUUUUUCAACAAAAUGUAUUCUUUCUGAUUCAAGUGUAGAGUCACUUCCAGUGGAACAAAGAGGCCAAUUCAUUAUGGAACCCACUGCCCCUUCUUAUCAUCGAUUUUAUAAAUCAAGCCAGAAAACGCUACCGAAAGCAUUCCAUAAAGCUUUACAACGUGAUAUCUCUCUUCUAUCCACCAUUCUUCCAAGUGAUAUUAUUGUUAAAGGAUUCGAAGAUCGGAUAGAUCUUUAUUCAAUAAUGAUUAUUGGUGCAUCUGGUACACCCUAUGAACAUUGUUUAUUCUUUUUUGAUGUUGGUUUGCCAUCAAGUUAUCCUACAACCCCACCGCAGGUACAUUAUUACAGUUUUGGCAAUGAAAAAGUGAAUCCGAAUUUGUAUGUUGAUGGACAUAUUUGUCUGUCUCUACUGGGUACAUGGAAUGGUCAGGGCAGUGAGAAUUGGAGUGCUGAAACGUCCAAUUUAUUACAACUAGCUAUAUCAAUUCAGGGUUUGAUUCUUAAUUCAGAACCGUAUUUUAAUGAAGCUGGUUAUGAAGAGCGACGUACGGAUCCAAUCUAUCAAGAACAGAGUCGUAUUUAUAAUGAGGCUGUGAUAGCAUUAAAUCUGCAAUCAAUGAUAAGUAUUGUACAAAAUCCUUUUCCUAUUUUCCGUAAAGAAAUUAUCAAACAUUGUGUUGAUAAAUGUAAAAAAUAUCUAUCUUUAUUAGAAAAUUGGGCCUCACUGGAUUCUGUAGAAUAUGAACGUAUCAAAGCAAUCGAUCAGUCGUCAAGUUCAUCUUCAACUGAAGAAAAGAUACUUUUCUUACCAGAAUUUUCACUACCACCAGUGUCAAAAGGUUUCCAGUUAUCAAUUAGACGACAUUCAAUUGUAUUAUCAAAUUUAAUAAAAUCCUACAUAGAUUUGAAUUUUACUACAAAUAUAGAAUAGUGAGUUUCGAACUAACUACAUUCUAUGCCUUGCUUACGUUUUUUGUAGCCAGGUAAUAUUUAUGCUUUUGACUACUUUGUCCUCUCAGAUUUUCUUUAUUUACAUAAUUUGUUUCUGUGUCACUAUGUGUGUGCAAGCACUUAGUCAUUUACACGAGAUUUUGUUUUAAAAUUUCUAACUUUCCUGGCGCUUCCUUCUUUGUGUUCAUAUCUUUACAAAAAACAUAUUUGUACCGUUGCAUAUAUUAUGUAAUAUAAAUACUUGUUGGACGCUUUUUGUAAGAGAAGUAUGAAACCCACGGGCGUUUUCCUAACAAAUAUGCAUUCUAUCUGGUACGUCUUUCACGAUCAGUUUCACUUCCAAGUGUGUAAUUGGUAUGAUUGUUAUUUUUACUCCUUGCUUUUAGUUGUCACUUACUAAACUCUUUUGUUUUGGUCAGUGUUCCAUUGCUUUUCUACACUUUUCUGUUUCGGUACUCUACUCUUAUUUACUAUUAUGCAUUGUUUAUUUUGAAAAUACUCUAUUCUAAUACUACUUAUUACAGUAACAACAAAUUAAUGUUCUUCUGCCCAUUCGAUGUUGUUUUGCAACUGUGUUUAUGAGUACACUUUGUGUGUAGCCACUUAUAGUAUUCUGCCUUUAUAUAUACAUAUAUAAGAAAACCGUGUUUAUGGUAACAUUCCUUUUCGAUUUGUGCGUAUUGACUCGCACACUUUCCAUACAUAUAUAUAAUUGCCUGAUAAUUUCCCAUUAAAACAUUCCAACCAUAAAUUGUUAAACGUUUUGUACAAGGAAUAUGAAACCCACGGGCAGUUUCAU